CUAGUUCCGAUAAGAAUGAAGAAACCUUGUGGCAGUCAUCGGUCCGCGAAGUCGCCAACGCUCUGAUUGCUGCUGAAUGCGUUGUGUUUACGGAGUCAAGGAAUAUGGUGGGCUCUGCGCUUUCUUGCGAUUCGCGUCUCUGGCUUCAAUGUCUCCAUUGACCAUUCUCUAGUCGUCCCCACCCCCUCAUCCCUUCUGAUAACAAUCGUCGGCUCUUUCUGAGUUUCCGGACUGUCAAAAUCGCCAUCCAUUAACAUUGCGCGCUUUUCAAUUGGACUGCACCAGCGGGGUGACAGCUAUUUGGAACAAAGUAUCACGUUAUUUCGUCGUUUAUCAUGCCACCUUCAACUAUUCAGGACGGUUCAACCUCGAAGCUCCCCUCUCCGGGAUUCAACGCCGGCGCACGACCUUAUAGGUCGCACAAAGUCAGAGCCUGCGAUUUAUGCAGGAAACGCAAAUCGCGAUGUACGGUGGAUAUCCCUGGUCAAUCAUGCCUCUUAUGUCGGGUCCAAGGAGCGGACUGUCAUUAUCAAGAGGAAUCUGGUCCUGAACAGCCAGCUCCCAGUGCGUCUGAAUCUAAGAGAUGGUCCAUGGAUCAAGUUGGGGAUAACCCUCCUUCGGGCCAGAAACGCAAACGUACAUCAGAUACCACAUCUCCUCCCAUGCCAAAUACAGAUCGCCGACUCGAAAAACCCGUCGGUCUAUCUCGGACGAGUUCUUCCGGAGACGGCCGAAGCGACACCCGGCGUCAAACAGUUGAAGACCCGCAUAAUGAAUCAAUGCUCAUUGUUGGCCCAGUUGUGGCGGAUGAUGCACAAGUGAUUGAGAAGUUCAUGCCCCCAGAGCGGUCUAACGAGUCUGUGGAGCCAACUAGCCAUCCAUACAACGUCUAUUCAAGCGACCCAAGAAAACCCAUCCUUUAUACGACUGUCUCGAGGAGGAGGCAGGGUAUGCGAGUUGGCGUUCCUCCGGGGGAGAACCAAAAAGAAAUCCUCGAACAGAUACUCGGACCUUUCAAGCAUGACCUAGUAAGAUUGUUUAUAGACAGAUUCAAUGUAGCAUUUCCGAUCUUUGAUGGCGAAAGUUUCUGGGAGUCGUACAUCUCGGAUUCGCCAAGUGAGCCACCAGCAUCUUUGUUAUGUCAGGUAUACUCGAUGUCGUUGGUUUAUUGGAAACAUACGCCCAAGCUCGCUUGUCACCCUAAGCCGGACGUUCGAUACGCUGUCAACAUGACCGUGGCUGCUCUCCACGAAGAAUUUUCCGCACCUGGCUUAUCGACAAUAAGUGCCGCUUUGAUUGAUCUUACUGGACGACCCAUAUUCUCGAUGACUGGUAAUGCCAUCAGCUGCGGCCGACUUAUUUCACUUUCUCACUGCCUUGGCUUGAAUCGCGACCCCAGUCACUGGAAACUAUCUCAACGCGACAAGAACAACAGAGUUCGUCUAUGGUGGGGAGUUGUAAUACACGAUCGUUGGGGAAGUUAUGGCCAUGGUGUACCCCCACAAAUUGCGAAAAACCAAUAUGAUGUUCCCCUUCCUACUAUUGAUAUCUUAGUCCCACAACACAUGCGCACCACCGAGCGCGUGAGAGCUGCACAUUGUCACAUCGCCUUAUGUCGAUUGACCGAAAUUCUCGGUGAGCUUUUGCCACUUGUUUACGGUCUGCAGCACAGAUAUCCACGCGAGAUAUCGAAGAAACUCAGACAAAUCCGAACGGAUUUGGAUAUGUGGGAGGACUCUUUACCCGAUUGGAUAAGGACACCGAUAAACAACAAUUCCGAGGAGCGAAUAUCAGGGAUAAGCAGUCUGCAGCUCUCUUUUCUUGCUGUCAAGAUGCUUGUUAGCAGGGUGGAACUCAAUGAGGUCAAUAGUGCGGAAACGGAUAACCCCGAAGCCCGCCGAUACUUCCAAACGGAAUGCCGCAAAUCGGCCGAGGAAAUAGUACGAUUCAUCUCGUGCUUACGGAAGGAAAACUUCAAGGAGUUUUGGCUUUCAUACAGCGCCUUCCACCUCACAUCAACAGCUACCCUACUCGUUCGCUGCGCCCUAGAAACCACAGACACCGAGGUAGCCCGGUCAUGUCUCACCAAUGUUGAAAAUUUCCGAUCCAUUCUCCGCCGUGUGCGGGAGGAAGAGGACUUCGAUUUAGCCGACAUGUGUCUGGACCACUGCGAACGAAUCCUUAACAGACUCCCUGGCAGCGACAACAGCAACACCGAUUCAAACUAUAACGGAUUCGGGCUAAAUGAUCCUCGUCUCGUGAACCCAGCCGCGAUAUCGCUACCAGAAACACAGACAAACAACGACAUCGUUGAUGACAUGAUGUCUAUAUCCGGAACCUUUGGCACAAUGGAUGGAUUUCCAUUCGAUAUGACAGGAAUCUGGGAUGUUUCUGUCUUUCAAGACGUUAAUCUCUAACUUAAUGGACGUUUGUUUUCUCAAAGGAGAGAAGAUGGAGAUAAGAUAUGAGUAUGGACAUUUUGGAUUAUACCCGGGCCAAGAGAAGCCCACAUCUAUAAGGCAAUUAGCUAUAUAGAUAAUGAAGAAGUUUUGAUACAUACUAUGACCUUCUGGUUCCGUUAUUUGUUGUCCCUCUUCCGACGGAAGGUCGGGAAAAGUUAAUUAAAUAUCUUAUCACUAGGCUUAUCUAUAAAC